UUCGCAGAAAUGAGUCGGGCUUGCUAUCACUAACUGGGGUCAAACGGUAGGAGGCGCCAACUCUCAGGCUGUUGAGCGCUUAUGUGACCCUCCCCCAACCCUCAGACGAGGCAUUGACACCGUCAUCAUCCCUUAUCAGCGAGCUUACCCAUGCCUUCGGUAUAGUUGCGCUUUGAAGGAACUUCAUCGUUUGAUACCUUGCACUUGCGAAUCAACCAAAGACUGAUCCCAAAACGCACUGCUGUUCUUCCUGUUCAAAAUGGUGAAGAUAUUUGUUGGCAAUGUAGCUUCAGCGACCACAGAAGACGAGCUCCGUGCUUUGUUUGAGAAGUACGGCACCGUGUCCGACUGUGACAUUCUGAAAAACUAUGGCUUCGUGCACAUGGAUGAGGAAGAGGCAGCGCAGAAAGCCGUCUCCGCUUUGCACAAGCAUGAGGUCAACGGCUCCCGCAUCACCGUUGAGUACGCCACCACCAAGGUACGCAAUGCCACCAAGAUCUACGUGGGCAAUGUUCCCGAAGGCGUCACCGCUGCCAAAAUCAAGGAGCUCUUCCAGCCAUUCGGCAAGGUGGUGGAGUGCGAUAUUGUGAAGAAUUAUGCAUUCGUUCACAUGCAGAGGGAAAGCGAGGCUCUGGAGGCCAUUUCAAAGCUUAACCACUCCAAAUUGGAGGGCCAAAAGAUCUUUGUGUCCCUCUCACGCAGUAACCCAUCCAGAAAUGACCGAGGGGAGGACUAUUUUCCUCCUCCGCCGCAUCACUAUCCACCUCACCCACACCACCAUCCUCACUUUCUCCCCCCACGCCCACCGCCCCGUGAAUACUAUCCGCCUCGUGGCCGACUUCCACCCCCUCCUCUCCCACCGCCGCCACCCCGCGCCUACUAUGAGCGUGAUGUGUACGAGAGGGGCCUUCGCCACGACCCGUAUGCCGCCCCAUCCCCGCGUUUUUACGAACGGGAUCCAUACGACCGGCGCAUUCCGCCCCCUCAGCGGCCGGUCACGCCUCCUCUCGCCGGUCGCUACUACCGUGAGCGCAGUCCUCUUGGCGGUCGCCGCUCUCUCCUGCCUCCGCCUCCCCCUCCACCCUCUUCUGCCGGCUUUGCCCGGGGUUUUGCCCGCAAUGGCGCUAGCUCUGCGCCCCCUCCCCCUACCGCCGCUCCUUCCUCCCACUAUCAGCGCUACUCUCUCGCCUCAGGCUUUGAUAAGGAUGAUUAUUUGGAGGACAAGUACAGCAAUGGCUUCAGCCGUAGCUACUAAGCACUGAAGUUUGUCCGCCCCGUUAUUUUCGAGGAGCUGAGUAAUCUUAAGAGGGGCUUUCCAUCAGGGAGUUAGGGGUGAUUUGUUUUUGUAAUAUUCUGUGAUAGUUGUAGCGAUUUUAGAGAUAUAACGGGUCAAUCAGCUAAUACUGUACUCAUUUAACUAAUAAAUUUACCUCCGCCCGAUGAAGGAACAGCAAAUAGGAAGUUAAAUACACAUGAAUUUUAUAGCAUGUUAUGUUGUAUUAUGUUUGCCAGGCAUAUCAGUUUGAGUAUUUUCUUAAAACAAUUGUUUUUUCCCCCCUUUUUUUUUUUUAAAUAAAAUCACACCGUUCAUUUUACUCUAGCAUGCACUUCAAAAAUACAAUAGAUCGCUUGAAUAUAUAUAUAUAUAUAUAUUUUUUUUUUGCAUUGAUUAUUUCAACAUGCAUAGUCUACCCAACAGGAAAUUAGUCGUUUUGAAUGUUUACCUUUUUGGUAUUUAAGAAUAUUCAAGUGUUUUAAUUUUCACUGUCUUUUGCACGAGUCAGAGAGUUAAUUUGGAGGUAAUUUGAAUUUUUCUUUUUUUUUUUUUUUAAUUGAAUUUCAUCUCUUGACUAACUUGCUAUGGUGUUGUUAGAAGUAAUGUUGUAUGUAAGUCAGACCAGUGGGAAGGAACAGAGAGGACAUGGGUAAAGAGGUUGUUGUGGGCGGAGCUGUGUGCUAACUGACUGAUCAACCAAUCACAUCCUACCGGCUAACCGAGCACAUCGCAUCUACCAGCCGUUCAACUUUCGGAUCCGCUGCCGCAUCCUAGGAUAAAGCACCACCGGUCAAAGGAAGCGAACGACUGACCAGCCGCCGACCGCCUAAUAAAUUAAAAACAACACUGAAUCAUUAGUGCAAUAUCAACACUGUAUUUCCAAAUCUCGUUGUGUUAGACAAACAGCUGAUUUGCCGACUCCGCAGACUCAGAGAAAGUUUUUAAAGAUUAUAAAGACUUAUUUUGACAUCACAUUAUAAUGGACGUGCUUGUGAUUGAAAAUAUUACUGAAUACUCAACAUUGUUUCCUGUCCUACUUGUACUACUGCUGUUUGCCUAUUGUUAGCGUACACCUCUGUUUAAAAUGUACGUUUGUAAAAAGCCUGUUUUCUCGACUGUUUAUCCGAAACCGCUCUCUUUAUCAUAUUGUCCACUCGAGCAGGUUCGAAACUUAUGCUUGUUUUGAUUUAAACCUAUGAAAACAGAUUCAUGUUCUACCAGUCGCUGUCAUCUUGCCGCCUGAAUAAAAAUUCGACUGACUUAGACGCAACGUUUUCAUGUCACUCGUUUUUAAUUGAGUCUCUUUAAUUUCUACCUCAUGUCUUAAUCGCUCACGUUAUCAUUCGUAUAAUAGAAAUGUCCUUUGACUUGAUCACUCAUGUGUAAAGUGCCAAAUAGAUUCGUAUAAAAACUACACUUUCCGCUUGAACCCUUCAUAUAAAAAAACCUCAGUAAAUUCCAGUCACUCUUAUCUUUUUUUUUUUUGUUCCACAAUAACCCCUGGCCAAGAUGAAUGAAUGUAUGUAUGAUGCUCUGUUUCGAAUUACUGUAACAGCUUGGUGUGGCUCAUCAGGAUGGGUGAGUUAAAAGUGAAGGUAAGUAGCAUUUCAAGCUGGAUUGUUCAGACUUUUGCUCUCCUUGUCACGUUGCACGUUAUUGUAUGUAUCUGUGCUAGCAGAGCCUGUUUGACUUGUUUUUGUUUGUUCACUGGUGAUAUUAUUAGAACAGUCACAUACUGUUCCUGAAACACUUCAUCCUGAUAGUCAGUGCAGUUGUUUCAUGAUGUCCGUCAAGUGUUUAUAAAGUGUGAUUUACCUCUUCUCCUCACAGCCUUUCAGUAGAGCUGAAUUGACACAAGUCUGUACUCUGCUGUCAUCUCUAUAAUCAGCUCUUUCAAGAGGAGGAACAGCUUUACACUUCAUAAACUAUACCCUUUGUAUGUUUCUUCCCUUUCUCGUGCUACAUGCCUCAUUUGAAGUACUCCAGUCACCAGCUCAUCACUUCUCGUACAUGUUUCUAAUGGGAAUGAGUGUUUACUUUGAGGUUUAGUGAAUAUAAGCAAUUCCCGUCAUUGGUUGCCUCAUGUUUAGAAUUUCUAAUGAUCGUUUAAAGAACAACAUGAAUCCAAAAUGAGGUAAUGAACUUCCAGAAAAUGUCAUGUCAUUUCAAGAUUUUAGGGUAGUGAAAGUUAAAUCUAAUGAGAAGUACAGUAUAACAGAAAUAUGAACUCAUCUAUAUGGUUAUUAGGGUAUUUUUCAGGAAACUGUCAUUUGUGUGCUCAGUUUGUCUCUGUGAUUUAAUAUUGGUAUAUUUAGGUAUUAAACUUGGUCACAUAAAGUACAUUUUAAAUUAUUUCAUUUUUAAAUGUUUGUUGUGCGUCACAAUGUCAAUGUUUGUCUCCAUUAUAAUAUUUUAGAGUUAUGUAAAGACAACAUUUUUAUUGAAAUUGUCCUUGUUCCUUCAGUUUUUUUCCUAGCUUAUGCUGUAAAAUAAAAUAGACUUGUUGCACUGAUCAUCCUUUUAACAUAAGUGCAGUAGGUGUAUAUAUAAAUAUUUGAGUUAAAAUUAUUCAGUGCUUUAGCAUUUACACUGCUGGUGAUUUACAAGGCAAUAACCAUGGAAAACAGUUAUUAACUGCUAAUCUAAAUAUUAUGGCAACUCUGCAAGGCCAUGCUCCUAUAGUUGUAAUGAAGUAACAAAUAUUUCAUUUUCUUAUUAAACUGUUUGCUUUUUGUCCUAGACAUUUAUUGCACACAUGGUAUGCUGUUUCCUGAGAAUGACCCAUAUAAAAAUGAACAUAAGAUUAUUUUAUUUCAAUCUGAUAAAGAAUUUCAUACAGAUAGCAGUAAGUGAAGCCUUGGGUUUGAAUAGGAUAUCCUGUGACAGAAGAUCAAAUGUGCAUUUGUGGGAGGUUAGGACUUGUUUAUAUUGGUCUAUUAGUACAUAGAAGAGCACUAUAAGAAGUUAACCGAUUCAGAACUACAACAUUCAUAGAACACCAAAGUUAUCCAAAAGAAAUGCACAAUCUCUAGGGGCCUAAUGGGGCAUUCUCUUACUUUUAGACAGCUUUUCCACUAUCUCUGCUGUAUAUAAUAUGAGAAUGCAAUAAAACACAAUGUAUAGCCUGGUAGCUUACAAUGGAAAGAACUUUGAUCUCGUGUUUCAUAUAUUGCUUUAAUCCUCACUAAUGCUCAUUUCCAUGUAUGUGUUUCUCAUAUUUGUUUGUGAAUAAAGGCAACAUGAUGGUUAUUUAAUCUUU